GCUGUUUCCUCUAUGUCAGAGGGCGUUGUUUCUGAUCUCCCCUAGCGCGGGGUCUCUGGGAAUCAAUCUGGUCGCUUCAAACCGGGUUGUGGUGUUUGACGCUUGCUGGAAUCCGUCAUAUGACGUCCAGAGCAUCUUCAGAGUCUAUCGCUUUGGGCAGAAAAAAACUAUAUGUGUACCGUUUUCUGGCCCAGCAGAUUCAGAGACACUUCACACACAGACAGCUGAACGAGCUGUAUCACUUCCAGCCAGAUCUACGGCCCAGUAAACACACAGAAAUGCCUGCAGAUGACAUGUUGGUCCGGCUGCUACAGAGCUGUGGGCAGCUCAUAGUAAGUUAUCAUGAGCACAAAUCAUUGUUAGACCACCGGGAAGAAGAGGAGCUGAGCGAGGAAGAGCGCAGAGCAUCCUGGGAUGAAUACCAUGCAGAAAAGAAGGUACAAACUGCAAAUCUCAAGUCAGUGGAUUUAAACUGUGGUAUGGAGUGCCCUCGGGUGGUACACAUCACAAACAAGAUAAUUUACACUUAACUCCACUAAUAAACUAUUAUAAAUAAUGUACAGAAUGCCAAUGAACCCACCCACAGAAACCUCAACCAAGCACUACAGGUACAGUUUCACCUCUGACCUAACAUUUAGCAUUCCAUGAAUGUAUUAAAGAGUAAUUCUGGAGCUGCAGACUGUAGUGCUAACAGUCUGUCUUUCUCUCCUCAGUUCAUUUAUCUUCAGCAGGCUCUGGCUUCUUGAAACUUUGCCUAUACAACCAAGAGUGUUCCUUCAGCAACUUCAUUACCUUUAAAACAAGGCAAUGCAGAACGUUCUGCUGCUUUGGGCACUUAUAACAACUCCAACAUCACAUUUCGGCUGAAGCAACCCAAUGCGGUUUUCUCAGUUCCAAAAACACACACAUAACCCAAUCCCCUUUCUUCAGAAAACAUAGUUUGUGUUGGAUUUGAUAAAAGUAAGCUGCUCUCAACAUCACCAAUAUGAAUGUAGUUUUAACAUUAGAGCACUGAAUAAAUUCACAAGAUGAUGCUUAGGCACACAUGUUUUGAGACCUCAAAGCAAACUGUGCUGUUGUCAGAAAUCCUACUACAUGUGUAACUUAAAUUAGAACCUUAAAGCAACACUAUUUCCUUACAGUACUAAACAGUGUGUCUGAGCCCUUCGCCGUUUCUAGCUACCUCAAAACCACUACUAUACUUUUGGAUACAAACAAUGGAGAUUCAGUAGCCUGCACUGUUGUUGUUGCUAAUACAUUUAGUUAAAAAAAUAUAUAAUAUAUAUAAUAUUAAUAUUAUAUAUAAAAUAUAUAAAAUAAUAAUUUAUUUUAAAAUUCCAACGCUCAAUCUGUGUUAUGACGUGAGCUAUCUUCUCUGUUCAAUUGCUUUGUAUUUGCAAUAAAAUAAUAGAAAUAAAAAUGUAAAAAAAAAACCACUUACUGUGUCCUGCGGGGGCGCUGUUUCGCUUAUUACUUUGCUUCAUUACUAUGGACUCGUCGCUGCAGUCACAGAUUGUCCAGAGAUAGAGAGACGUGCGCCGGUCUCGACGGUCAUCGUGAUGCCUCUGCCUGCGUGUCUCCGGCGCUGCGCGCGGCUUCUCUACUGCAUACCGGUUACGAUCAUUAUCAUGGUUGUGAUGUGGUCAUACUACGCAUAUGUCGUGCACUUCUGCUGGAUCCUGCUUACCUGUGCGACGCAGAGAGUGGUGUUCCUUUGCCUGUUCCACAUGUGUUUUGGAAUGUUCUCAUGGUCAUUUUGGAAAACACUGUCCACUCCACCAUCCUCUCCUUCUGUGGAGUUUCAGCUCUCCUCUUCAGACUCGCUGCUCUAUGAGCAGGAACAUGGCGGUAUGGAGAAGAGUCAGAUUCUUCUGGAAAUUUCCCAGAAGCUCCCAGUUCACACCCGUACAGCAGCCAGAGCUAUCAGGUUCUGUCAUCACUGCCAAUUGAUAAAACCAGAUCGCUGCCAUCACUGUUCUGUCUGCCAAAUGUGUGUACUAAAGAUGGAUCAUCAUUGCCCAUGGCUGAAUAACUGUAUUGGAUUCUCCAACUAUAAGUUCUUCAUGCUAUUCCUGCUCUACUCACUCCUAUAUUGCCUCCUCAUCGUCACAACGGUUACACCAACCUUCAUCCAACUGUGGCUGGGCAAACUGUUUGAUAGUUGUGUUAAACUGCAUGUUUUGUUCCUGACACUGGUGUCAGGCAUGUUUGCUGUCACACUCUGUUUUUUGCUUUUCUUCCACAUCUGGCUUCUCACCAGCAACAAAACUACUCUUGAGUGGUUGUCAGUCCCCUUUUUUGCGGAUGGACCAGCAAGUGAGGCAUUUGAUGUAGGUGUCCAGGCAAACUUCUUACAGGUGUUUGGAAAGAAAAAAAGUCUCUGGCCACUUCCAGUAUCCAGCAGUCAAGGGGAUGGACAUUCUUUCCCCUUGAGAUGGCAGAUGUCCUCUCACAGUCAUUCAGUGAUGAAUGGAAAUGGACAUUAUGCCAUGGAAGGAAGUGUGGUCUCACCUGAGGGGGUCUCUGUUACCGUAGCACUGGAUGACUAGCAGUAAUGAAAUAAGGUGGACAGAAUGUGUCAUGUAACGUCGUCACAGCGAGUCUCAACUGGGGCAAUUUUAGAAAGUUCUCAAUCACAGGUUAAGCUUACAGGAGUGGCGGGAGGCCCUCAGGGUAAAAACAACUGCCUGCAUGCUCAGUUUUCACCUGAAACACUUCCUGCAAGAGUGAUCAGGUCUCUGAAACCUCUCUUUUACUGAUCAGGGUGUGAGAGAGCUUUAUCAGGUGUCCCUGCUGAGUGAUAAUGGUUUAAAUUCAUUAUUUUGUGGUGAAAUGUAGUUUGGUGUUUUGUAUGAACUGAA